AGAGUGGCCAGUCUUUGAUGAACAAAGUGCGCGCGCAGGCACAUGCUUCCGGUAUCCGGCAUGUGAAAGUAGCAAUCGAGACAGUUUGAUCCAGGUAUUUGGUCGAGGUUGAAAGUAUGUCCCUGUAUGAUGACUUGGAUGUUGAUGCAGGGAGAGGAAAGGAGACCAAACCAGAUAUUGCUGGAUGGUCUUCUGGUUUCAAACUUCUACAUUCCCAACUCCAGGCUAAAAAGGCUAACCUGCUCCAGACUAAGAAAAGGCAAGCAGGGCCCUCACUAGCUCCUGUCAUUGACUUGAAACCAAAAAGGAGUGCUACAUCUGAGGAACUGCACUUCAACAUGCAGACAGGAAAGCGUGAGAGAAAAUCUGGCGGAGCUUCAGGCCCAAUCCCAUCAGCCCCUGCAGCAACAGCACCUUUCAUUGGUGCUGAGCCAACCUCUUCUUUUCUUGGAGUACAGGAUGAGUACGACCCUCGCAGACCAAAUGACUAUGAGGACUAUGUCAAGAAAAGAAAACAACAGAAACAGCGUGAAAGAGACGAUGAGAAGAAAAAAGAAAUGGAGGAGAGAGAGAGGAGGAGAAGAGAACGACACAAAGAGCUGGGUUAUGAUGUGGAAGAGGAAGAAGAAAGGAGGCGCAGGAGGAGAGAUGACGACAUGGAAGGGGGCGGGGCAGGGGGCGUGGCAGGAGGUGGAGAUGAUGACCAGUACGACAGACCUAAGAGAACAGGCAUGGGUGCAGCUAUCGCCCCUCCCCAGGCAUUGAUUGAAGAGGACGUGGCGCCACCUCUGCAGGAAGAACAAGGGUCAGGCACACCUCCCAGACCAACCCCAGGGUUUAGUUUUGGCUUGGCGGGUUCUGUAGCCAGUAAGAUCAUGGCUAGGAUGGGCUACAAGGAAGGCUCUGGUCUUGGCAAGUCGGAGCAGGGAAUGAGCAUGGCUCUUCAGGUGGAGAAGACGAGCAAAAGAGGCGGGAAAAUUAUUCAUGAAAAGGACAUUGCAAAAGAAACUGCCAGAGCUGAAAUUCCUGGAGCCACUACCACAGAUUUGUUGAAAAAUCCUUCCAAAGUUAUCUGCUUGCGGAACAUGGUGGGCCCAGGAGAGGUAGACGAGGAGCUGGAGCCUGAGACUGCAGACGAGUGUGGGAAGUAUGGGAAAGUGAUCAAAUGUGUCAUCUUUGAGAUGCCUGGAGCAUCAGAGGAUGAGGCAGUUAGAAUAUUUGUAGAGUUUGAGAGGAUGGAGUCUGCCAUUAAAGCUGUGGUUGACCUGAAUGGGCGCUACUUUGGAGGAAGGAUCGUUAAAGGUGGAUUUUACAAUGUGGACAAAUUCCGCAGGUUAGACUUGGCCGAUGACCUCAAUCUACCAAACUGAAUAGAAAGUGGACCCGC